UGUGCCUUCUCCAGUUAAUCCCUGUGUAGAUUUUCGUUCUUUACUCCCGAAAAUUUGACUGCAGUUGACAAACUAUGCCCAUCGACCUUUGUGGGUGGAUACUACAAAGAUAAUGGUUGAGGACCAACCACAAGAAAGUAGUUUUCCUUAAAUGAGGUUGCCUGGUGAAAACCAGAUGUCAGGCACAGCUGUGGAGAAAGUGCAGGCAAAGCAGAGUACGAAGCAGACACAAACGGUAAGCUGUGGGGCUCUGGUGCAGCUUUACGCGGCGCUGGCGGCGGAUUGCGCGGUCCUAGCGGCGGAAGCCGAGAACCUAAAUGAGCACUACGCUGCCCUGAAUAGGAAAGCAGCGGCCCUGGUAGAGGAAGCCACUGCCUGUGGUCGAGGAGAAGCCGUCCUGGAUGACUGGCAUGCAUCCCUGCUUGAGGAAGCAGCAGGCCUUCAUAGGCGCAGGGCAGACCUUCGUAGGUGCUGUAAGGACCUCAAUACGCAGCACACAGUUCUUCAUGGAUGCCAUACGACUGUUCAGGAGCGCCACGCAGACCUCCACGGACACCACGCAGAACUUCAGGAAAACAACGCAGGCGUCCUAGGGCGCCAGGCGAACGUCAAUGGCCGCAACACGAACGUCAGUGGCCGCCACGUGGUCUUCAAUGGCAGCCAUGCAGACGUUCAGAGCUGCCACGGGCAUGUUCUUGGGACCAAUGUGGGUGUUCAUGGGCGCCACAUGGACAUUCAGGCGCGUCGUCAACAUUGAUUGGCGCCAUUUGUAUCUGUAUGGGCGCCAUGUAGCCAGUGAGAAUGUGGUGGAACAGGUGCAGGAAAAGGAAGACGCAGCAACGGCAGCACGCCCAAAGGUCGUGGAGGUGGUAGGCCAUGAGGAUAUACUGCACUCAUUGCUGGGAAGUCCAGUGCGCUCUUGAGCACUUACAGGCUGCCAGCAGGGGAUUGGAGGGGUAGGUAUCCUCCACUUGGCAUGGGCAUAUCCGGAAAUUGCAAGAAGACUCCCAAAUUUAAAAUUGCUCAGCAGUGACACUGUUUCUGCGUCUGUUGCUUCUGAGCAUCAGAAACCACAUUGUUGACUUAUUUUCUUUAGUUUUGGCUUAAUUUUGUGUAAAUAUUCAAUUGUAACCAUUUACUACAUAUUCCAGGCACCACAAUGGUUUGUUAAAUUUUACAAAAUCCUACUCCAACAUUGGCGACAGAAGUUCCCUUCAUUUUACGUCCAUGGUCACAAACUUUUUGUUAACAAUUACCGGUUUCGGUCUUA